UAAAACACAAAAUGUCUCACAAAAUAACACACGUAUUGUUUGAUUUGGACGGAACUCUAGUCAAUACAAUCGAUAUAUUGAUUGAAGUGUUCCGUGAAUUCGCACAAAGCUAUGGAAAAAUUCUUUCAAAUGAUAUCGAGAGAGGAGUGGCAAACCUGACAUCUAUACCCAUAUUCUUUGACAAAGUGAUUGAUUCCCUGGACUUACCCCGGAAUGAGUCCAUAGACCGGCCGGCCGUACAUAAAGAGUUUAUACGACAGCUAUACCUAAAAGAGGCUCAACUUAUACCGGGAGUGGAGCGACUGGUUAAGCACCUACACAAACACCGGGUGCCCAUAGCUAUUGCCACCGGCAACAGUAGUGAUCAUUUGUCUAAAAUG